GGACGUGUUUUUAAUGGUCAGAAGAAAAAAAUUAACUAUCUUCACAGAUGCCAAGGAUACAACCACUGUAUUAGAACUAAAGAAAAUAAUUGAAGGAAUACUAAAAGUGCCCCCUCAAAAUCAACAACUUUACAACAAGGAUAACACUAUUAUGGAAGAUGGUCGUAUGUUACAAGAUUAUGGAUUGACUUCAAGUAUUGCUAAAGCUCAAAGCCCCGCUACAGUUGGAUUGGCUGUCAAAGAUGAUAAUGGUGCAUUUGAACCCCUAGAAUUGACACAAUACUCAGCCCCUCCAGAUUUGCCAGACGUGAUGAAAUCGCAAGAAAGCAAUGGCCAAGAACAACAAUCUUGA